AACUGCAGAAAACAACCAGAAAAAAAGCAUUGGAAACUUUAGUCCAAAGCUUUCCUUUCUCUUUCAUAAUCUGCUGUGUAUGUGUGUGUGUUUUCAGUGUGAAUUUAGUGUGUGUGUGUGUGUGAUGAAAUUGAUGGGCCCACUACAUCAAUGCAAGACCUAGGUGUCAUCUUUCAUUCUCUAAACUCCAAUUCUAUUUUUCACCAUCUUUCCCUAAAACACAAGUAGCAAAAACAGAUGUAGCCUCUUGUUCUUUCUUCUUUUUGAAGCUUUCUCUUCGUAGUCAUCAUCACCCCAUUAACAGUUUUUUUUUCCUCUCAAAUUUCUGAAAUAAAUUUGUGGGUUUUAAUGUUUAAUUCAUUUGGGGAACUGGGUCUCUCUCUCUUUUUGGUAUCUUGAUCUUAUUUUGUAUUCAUGUUUUCAUAUAUAAGUGAUAUUGAAGCAUAAAGAUUGUGUUCUUCACAAGGGUAUAUGUGUCUUUUAUGAAAAAAGAUGGAGAACUUACCCACAUUGAAUUGAGUUUCAAUUUUUGUUGGGUAUUUAUUUUUUAGAAAAAAAAGAUUGAAAAUUUGAGAUACUCAUAUUGAUUUAAGUUUCAAUUCUUGUGGGUUUUCUUCACAAUCUGUUGGUGAAAUCUUGACUUCAGUUUUCGGGGUUUUUUUGGGGAUUUCAAAUCUUGAAAGGCAAGAUUGGAUGUCUUCUAAGGUGUUGAUGAUCACAUUCUUCAAGUAAUUUGACCACCAAUCACAUUGAUGAAUUGGGGGUUUUAGUUUGAAGAAAUCCCAAGCAAGAAAACCAGUUUUAGGGUCUAAAUUCACAUGUGAAUAUUUAUUUGAUGCCAAUUGGGUGAAAAGAGAAAAAGGGCAAAAAGGGGUUUUGAUUCUUUGCCAACCAAAGAAUUCUACAGUUUCUUGAAGUUUACUCCUGUUUUAAAGCUUGAGGAUUUGAAAAUUGGGAAUUUUCUUUAAAGAUCAUUUGGCCAGCUGCACAAUUGUUCUUGUUUGAUAUCAUCAAAGACUUCUAAACCUCAGGUCGAGUAUCAUUUGCCGAAGUUGAAAAAACUCUUGUUUCAUUAUGGCCAAGAGAUCAAAUAAAGGCAACCCGCAACAAAACAAAGAUCAAGCAGGGUGUAUGUCGGGACUUAUCAGUAUUUUUGACUUCCGGCAUGGUCGAACCACUAGAAGACUGCUUUCAGAUAGAAGACUCAUGCCUAAAAAUACCGUUGCUUCUACAUAUCCUACCUCGGAAGCGAAUAUGAUCACAAGUUCUGAAGAAAAGCAUGUAAGCAUUAAGAAUGUUAGCGAAGGCGAGAAACCAACAGUUGAUGUUGUGAAGACAAGUGUGAAGGAACUCAUGGAAGAAGAAAUGGUCAUCGAGCAAGCUUCCACGAAUGAAACUGAUGGCGAUGACGUGGGAUUAUUCGAUUCAGAAUGUGGCAGCCAUGAAAAGAACCACAAACAUACAGAAAAAACGUCAAAUAAAGCUUUCGAGAAUCUUGAUAUCGCUGUUAGUGGUCAAGAUUCGUCUCAGAAAGCAUCACAGUUUAGUGAUCUCGAAGCUCUAAUGAAAGAAAUCUUGUUGAUUUAUCAGAGAAGGAACGAUCGGCAAAGUGAUCUUGAUGUAGGGAGAAAUUGGACUUUUUCUAUCGUUGAAGAGAAGUUGAGUGCAGCUGUUGAAGAUUUCAUGAACGAAAAGUUGAAUGAUGGAGACCACGAGAAAAUCCGACGUUCGAAAGACUUCAUCGACACGUUUCAGAUGUUGAGUUCGAAUAAAGAACUGUUCUUGAAACUCCUUCAAGAUCAAAAUCCAGAUGUUAAUGGAGAUGAAGACCAAAAGUCGAAGUUAAAGUCAACGACGAGAUCAAGCUCGUUAGAAAACGAGCCAAGCAAUUCACGACCAGAUGUACCUGCAACUCGUAAACAUCGAAACUUCUUUAGAAGGAGGGGCAAGUCACAUGAAAGUAUAUCGUUAAAGGGAGAUGAUAGUCCGUUGCAUUCGAGUAGAAUCGUCAUUUUGAAGCCAAAUUCUCUCAAUAAUCGACUUAAAAUGGAGAAUGAGGUUCAUAGCGAAAGAAUCUCGUCCCAUUUUUCAUUCAUGGAGAUCAAAAAACGACUUAAAAACGUUAUGGGAAAGGAGCAAAAGGAGCAACGUAAACCGGGAAUUAGUGAAAAAACAGUUGUUGAAGGAAGUAGUGGAUGGAGUUCUCCAAAUAGAGAUCAUUUCUACACGGAAAGAUUUGCUAAAAGGGUCGAACGGGUUUCAAAGUUACGUGAACCCGAAACCGAAACCGAACAAAACGAGAAAGAUGAAAAUGGUGAUUCUAGCCGUCGGAUUUCUAGUAUCUACAUAGAGGCCAAGAAACAUUUAUUAGAAAUGCUAAGUGGUGGUGAUAAAGAUGCCGAAUUGUUGAUAGAAAGUCUACCAAAAGCUCUAGGAAAGAUUCUUUCGUUUCCGGAAUACGAUUCUCUUUCUCCCGGUUCUAGUCUUCGAAAAGAGAAUGAUCACGGUCUUGUGACGGAAAAUACUAGACUUUCUUCAUGUGGGAAUUUUCUUACGGACAACGAGAGUCAACCGUGCGGAUCUAGUGUCGAUCUUGAAGACGAAUCACGGGUUUCUAAUGAAGUUAAUCGUGAUGUAUGCGGUGGAGGUAUUUCGUCUACUACUAUGGAAGAUACAAAUCCUGAAGGAGGCCUACAGAUUGAAAAACCAAGAAAUCAAGAAGAAGUGGAAGUCUUUGAUGUUUCUUGUGAACCAUGUAGUUAUUUGGAAACCAUAGAUGAUGAUGACCAAAAUGGUGAAAUUGUCGAAAUAUCUGAUGAAGAAAGUUCUCCGAAAUGCUUGAAAACGGAUUCACACGAAGAAAACGAGUUUUCUUCUCCAAUGGGGUCCUCGUUUGCUAAAACAAUCGAAGAACCGGAGAGUAAUGCCAGCGAUAAAUCGGGGAAACCGAGUCCGAUAUCUGUUCUUGAGCCACUAUUCUCGGAUAACGAAAUCAGCCCGGCAAGCACCGUCUCUCGACCUAUUGCGGCUGCAAUUCAACCACUCUGCAUUCGGUUUGAAGAUCAAGAAAUGUGUUCAAGAAACUGUAUGGAGAAUGAAGAAUCUGCAUUCGAAUACGUUGAAGCCGUUCUACUAGCUUCAGAUCUCAACUGGGAUGAAUUCGAAAGGCGGUGGCUUUCUUCGGUCCAAAUUCUCGACUCAUCUUUAUUCGAUGAAGUUGAAAUCUUUUCCAGCCGGCCGUGUCACGAUCAACGACUCCUCUUUGAUUCCACUAACGAAAUUCUAAAAGAGGUAUGCGAUUGUUACCUGAAUUUCUAUCUUCGGUUACCGUUCAUCAAACAAAACAUUCAACCGGUUCCAAAAGGGGAAAAUCUUGUAAAUGAAGUAUGGGAAAGAAUCGAAUUACAUCUAAAGAACAAUUAUCCGCUAUCUUUGGAUCGUCUUGUAAAGAAAGAUUUGGGAAUAUCGAAAACGUGGAUGGAUCUUCGUUCUCAUUCUCGAGAAAUAGUGUUCGAGAUUGAUGAAAGAAUCUUUGAAGAUGUGAUGGAUGAUACCCUUUUGAGUUUAGUGAAUGAUUGUAUUCAUAAUGAAUCAUAACGCGAAACAGAAGUUUGGGAUAAACUGUGUUCUGGGUCAGGUUCGGGUCAACUUGUAUGCACCGUGACUGAUCUGAUGGGAUCCUGAAGUUAACAGUCAGACAAAUCUUUCAGUGACACUGCGUAAAUUGAACUUUGUUGGUGGUUUUUUUAACUAGAUGACAUUAGAGGUGUUAGUGAGCGUAUAGAGUUUGGUGUGUUUUUGAGUGUGUUUUUGGUUUUGUUUGUUUGAUAUAUUUACUUGUAGUUACAAAACCAUACAAAGGGGAUUUUUCCCACCAAAUAAUGUUUGAAUUUCUAUGUCUUUUUUAAGAUUUAUGAAACAAUCGAAUAAACGUUGAUUUAGAUAUA